AUGGAUGAGGUUGCGCAAGUCGUCUUCUCCAACCCACUGUUCCUUACCAUCAUCUUGUUACUCGUUACUAUUCUGACGAUGGUGCUGAAAAGGUCCAACAACAGCGGCCGCGGCCCGUCGCUGCCUCCGGGGCCCAAGAAGCUGCCCAUCAUCGGGAACCUGCACCAGAUGAGUGGGUCGGGCCUGCCUCAUGCCCGGCUACGGGAGCUAGCGAGGGUCUACGGGCCCAUGAUGCACCUUCAGCUCGGGGAAGCCUCCACCGUCGUCGUCUCCUCCCCGGAACUGGCCAAGGAGUUUCUGCAAUCGCACGACCUCAACUUCGCCACCAAACCCUUCUUGCCCUCCGCCAGCAUCAUCUUCUACAACGCGCGGGACAUCGUGUUCGCGCCCUACGGAGACUACUGGAGGCAGAUGAAGAAGAUCUGCGUGGUCGAGCUGCUCAGCGCCAAACGGGUCAGGUUGCUGCGCCCGGUCAGGGAACAAGAGGUGAAUCGAAUGGUGAGAUCCAUCUCCUCCUCCUCCUCCUCCUCCUCCUCCUCCUCGGGGCAGGCCGCAAACUUGAGCCGCCUGAUCUUCACCUUGUCCAACUCUAUGGCCUGCCGCACGGCCUUUGGGAAGGCCCAAAAGCAGGAGGAAUCCUUUCUACAGCUCGUGGAAGAGAUUAUCAAGGCACUUGGAGGGUUCAGCCUGGGGGACCUAUUCCCUUCAAGUAAGUUGGUCCGUUUGAUUAGCGGUGACGAGAAGAAGCUAAAGAAGCUCCACAGAGAAGCGGAUGUCAUCCUCCAGCAAGUUAUCGACGACCACAUAGCAGCCAGAAGAGAAACAGCGGCAGCAGCGGACACCGCUGUUCGUCAUCACGACAAUGAUCUUGUUGAUGUGCUUUUGAACCUGAUGGCCAACAACGAUAACCUCGGAUUUCCUAUCACCCACCUUGAGAUUAAAGCUGUCAUCCUCGACAUGUUUGUUGGCGGGAGUGACACGGUCGCUGUGACCGUGGAGUGGGCAAUGUUAGAAUUGAUGAAGCAUCCAAAUAUCAUGGAAAAAGCACAAAAUGAAGUGAGAUGUUUAUUUGACGGAAGGGGAACUGUAGAUGAAGCUGAUAUUGAUCAACUACACUAUCUCAAACGGGUAAUCAAAGAAACUUUAAGAUUACAUCCUCCUGGUACUGUAAUAUCUCCCAGAGAAUGUCGCGAAACGACGGUGAUUAGUGGAUACCAAAUACCUGCCAAAACUAAUGUUAUUGUCAAUGUCUGGGCGAUUGGUCGAGAUCCUUGCUAUUGGGAAGACCCAGAAAGCUUCACUCCAGAAAGAUUCAUCAAUACUCAUGUUGACUACAACAGACUAGAUUUCAAACUGCUACCGUUCGGUGCUGGACGAAGAAUGUGUCCAGGCAUAACAUACGCCAUGGCUAUUGUUAAUGUUGUAUUAGCUAAUUUGCUCUAUCAUUUUGAUUGGAAGCUUCCGUUUGGUAUGAAGCCACAGGAUUUGGAGAUGGAGGAAGAAUUUGGCAUUGCAGUGAGGAGGAAAGGUGAUCUAGUUCUCAUUCCCAUACCAUACCCUCCUCCUCAACCAGCAUAA